AUGGAUCGAGAACCUUGUCCUUGGCGUAUUGUGGAUGAUUGUGGUGGUGCAUUUGCUUUAGGAGCAAUUGGUGGUACACUUUUUCAUUCAAUUAAAGGAUUUCGUCAUGCACCGAGUGGUCAAUAUCGACGUUUAUUGGGUAGUUUAAAUGCAGUAAAACAACGAGCACCUCGUGUUGGAGCAUCGUUUAGUGCAUGGGGAUGCAUAUUUUCAUUGGCUGAUUGUAGUUUUGUUUAUUUGAGAAAAAAAGAAGAUCCAUGGAAUUCGAUCAUGAGUGGUGCGUUAACUGGUGCAGUUUUACAAGCUCGACAGGGGCCCGGUGCUAUGGUUGGUUCAGCUAUUAUUGGUGGAUUUAUUCUUGCUAUGAUUGAAGGAACAGGUAUAUUGAUUAAUCGAUACAGUCAAAUGCUUAUGUCACAACCUGGACAAGAAGAACCUCCGCUUGAUCUCAAUAAAGGCAAAGUUGAUCUUUCGAUUUCACCAAUUUUUAGUUCAUCCUCUGGACAAUCUACACCCACAUUUUCAGAAUGGAUAUUGAAUAAUUUUGAAUUACAUUCCAAAUUUGAAUUGACACCCAUUCAAAAGAAAUUACAAGAGAGUCAUAAAUCAGAGCAAGUACCUUUCUAUUAUGAACAAUGUCAAAAUCAAUCGUUUAGUAUAUCAUCAAUAGAAACAAUCUUUAGUGGAGAAUAUAUUGCUGUUAUGAAUCGAGCUGGUAUCGGUCGUCGAGAAUUAACCAAUGCUGAUGAAUUAGUCGAAGCACUAUUGAAAGCAUUUCCUGAUCAUAAAAAUCCUUAUUUACGUGUUUGGCCAAAACAAUUCAAUUUUAACGAUGAUCUUUAUGAAACAGCAUGUAUGGCUCGAUCGAUUCGUAUUCUUAUUGGAGUUCUGGAGCUGGUACAGCGAAUGCUCUUGUCAUGUGACUAG